AUGGAAGGUGCUAUUACUUUUGAUUCCACAAAGUCGCAUUAUGAUAGACAAGUCAAUGGUUUAGGUGAUCCUGCUACCAAUAAUUCAGCAACUCGAAAGGAUUACCCAAGCAACAUUUUAAGAGUUGAUAAAAUAUCAUCAACAGUCCUCGGAAAAGAGAUCGCAAAGCGUUGCGGAAACGAAGGACACCAUGGAAAUCUCAGUGAAGAUGACCAGUCAACCUUAAAAUUUCUGCGCGCUGCCAUCUCAUUCAUCUCGAACGCAAAUGACAUGUGCGCUGAUCUAACAAACGCUGCCUUCAUUAUAUGGCAGCCAGGGAAAGAGUUUAUCAUUCAAGCUAGAAAUGGAGAUUGGGAGUUUUUCUUUUCAGAUGGCCACUGUGUUCGCGAGGGUCCCAAACAGUUUUCAAGCAAUAAAGACUACAAUUCCUUUAUCAGAAACCUUUUUUCUUGGUGGUUACAGUCACCAAAUACCGCCGUUCGUCGACCAUUAGUCUUGACCUGUGAAGUUCAGGAACUCACGUCCAAUGUUACUCUUCCUAAGGUGACGGAGGAAGAAACUCGUAAAACUCACUUAACUGAUGCCUCGAGUCUUACAAUUAGUGCCCACAUUCCAUUCGUUUUUCUUUUUAAGGAUUACUGGGGUAGCAUGAUCUUCUACGUUAAAAAGAUUUGGUCGAUGUUCCUUGGAGGAGAGAUUACCAAACGCUGUGGAAACGAAGGACAGCAUAAUGAUCUCGAGGAAAGAAUAUAUGGCCUUGCCAAUCGAAACGGUAGACACAGAACAGCACCAGGUCUAUUAGAUGGUUUGCUGGCCUUAACGUCUGCUGCCCAAAAAAUAUCUGUCCUGCUACAUCUCGACGGAGAAAAAGAUGAAAAUAAAGAAAUAGGAAAAUUUUGUUACUACCUUGAUAUCAUGGGUGACAAAUAA